AUGGCCUCAAACCAAGAGCAAUUGAUUCAGCAGGCGUUAAAUGACCUAGAUAUAGGUGCUGAGAAGUCAAUUCGCAAGGUAGCUGCCAAAUACAGGGUUUCAAAAACGACUGUGGCUUACCGACGCAGAGGUCGCAACCCACGUACGCAAGCCAAUCGCAGGACUCAACGCCUAUCCCUAGAAGAAGAAAAAACUCUAAUUCAGUGGAUUCGAGAUCUACAGCGGCAGAAUCUAUGCCCAAAUUACCCUAGAAUUCGCUCUUUUGUGUACGAAAUCCUGCGAAAUCGAGGCGAUUCGCGGCCCCUGGGCAAGAACUAUGUAUCUCGCUUCAUUUCUCGCCAUUCAGAGCUUCGAACAAGCAGAUCUCGAGCUAUGGAUAUUAAGCGCCUCUCUGCGCUUGAUCCUACGGUUAUAGAGAGCUUCUUCUCUGAAUUUGAACAGCUCCGAAGUCAGUAUGGCGUCGAAAUAGAGAAUAUCUGGAAUAUGGAUGAAACAGGCUUUCAAAUGGGUCAAACAACAAGCAAUUUUGUGGCCUAUGACGCCUCUAUAGGGCGCCCUGUUGCUCCGCAGCCAGAUAAUACGCAAUGGGUCACAAUUAUUGAGUGUAUCUCAUAUCACCGCGCCCUAAAGCCCUAUCUCAUCUUUUGUGGCAAGGCACCAGAGCUACAUAUGUUCCCUGCUAUUGAUGAGCUACCUGACAUUAUUUGGGCCUUCUCUCUAAAGGGAUGGACUGAUAAUGAGCUUGGUAUUGAUUGGCUAAGGCGGAUAUUUAUUCCACAGAGGCCUAUAGGCAAGCAUUCUAUUCUGAUUCUUGAUGGCCAUGACAGUCAUUCUACAGGCCUAUUUCAGUAUCUCUGCCUUCAAAACGACAUCCAUCCACUCUAUCUACCAGCUCAUGCCUCUCAUAAGCUUCAACCACUCGAUUUAGGACCCUUUUCGCCUCUCAAAGCAGCAUAUGGCCAAUUAGUACAAAGAUUUGCACUAACAGGCCUUGCAACACUCAACCGCAGAGUAUUUACCAAGCUCUAUAUUGAAGCACGUCAAACUACAUUUACUGAGCGAAAUAUUCGUGCUGGAUGGCAUCGUACAGGAAUUUGGCCUCUAAAUAAGCAAAAACUACUCAAUGACCCUGAAAUUCGAAAUUUUGGACGUACUACGCCUGAGUAUCAACCCCCAGCUACGUCAGAUGGUCUCUAUAGCACUCCAAAGCAGAGUGACAAUUUACGCGCACUAAUUCGUCAAAUUGAGGCCAAAACAACGCCUCAAACAAGACGCGCUGUACGAAAGCUUGGCCACAGCGCUAUUCAAGAGCAUACUGGCGCUCAAUUGCUUCGAACGCAGCUCCGAGAGCUACGUCAAUUGGCUUUGAAGCAAGAGCUUACCAAACGCUCAAAAAGGAUACAAAAAGAGACAAAGCAGCGGUCGUGGAAUCUCGAACAGGUCAGGGCUGCUCUAGCGCCUAAAAAGGUCCAUUUCGUACGCAAGGAGGGCGGCGAAAAGCGAAUUCUGCGUACUGUUACAUUAGAAUAG